AUGUCGGAUAGAACAAUGGAACUGCAAGUAGGACCACUGUUAAUGUUCAUGGCGUUUGCUUCUCUCGGCUCUGUCUUCGGACAGAUCAGCUACUCUAUUCCUGAAGAGAUGGCGAAAGGAUCUUUAGUCGGUAACAUUGCACAAGAUUUGGGUUUGGAUGUGAAACGACUGAAAUCAGGAAAAGCCCGUGUUUAUACCGGAGAAGGUACGGAAUACAUCGAGCUGAAUAAAGAGAGGGGUGUCCUUUUAAUCAAAGAGAGGAUAGACAGAGAAGCGCUCUGUGGACAGACGACGCCCUGUGCCCUGGAUUUUCAAAUCAUUUUGGAGAAUCCAAUGCAGUUUUACAGCGUCACUGUCGAAAUUAAAGACAUUAACGAUAACGCCCCCGGUUUUAAAAACAGUGAAAUGAAAUUUGACAUCAGUGAGAUGUCUCAAAUUGGAUCGAAAUUUGUCCUAGAAAAGGCUAUUGACGUCGACGUUGGUGUAAAUGGCCUUCAGGGCUAUUCUCUGAGUUCAAGUGACGCCUUCACUUUGAAUCCAUAUAGAAUAGGCAGCAGUAGGAAUGUUGAAAUGGUGUUAAAGAGGCCUCUGGACCGAGAGAAAACGGAGCGGUUGUCUUUAGUAUUGACAGCUGCAGAUGGUGGUGACCCGCAGUUAUCUGGAACUAUAAAAAUUGGAAUCAACGUUUUAGACGCUAAUGAUAAUUCCCCUGUCUGUGCUCAAGCAGAGUAUAAGGCUAAUGUAAAAGAGAACUCGGUGAAAGGAACCGUUCUAACCACGAUCAGCGCGUCUGAUGCUGAUGAGGGUCCGCACGGUCACGUUCAAUAUUCAAUUUCUCACGUCCCUGAUGGCGCAUCAGACUUAUUCGAUGUUGGCAUAGAAACAGGCGUGUUCACGUUAGUUGGAAAACUAGAUUAUGAAAAAUUUCGGCAUUAUGAGGUAGAUGUUCAGGCAUCAGAUGAAGGUGGUAACUCAGAUGUAUGUAAAGUUAUAAUUGAAGUCCUGGACACAAAUGACAACCCACCAACAAUUAAUAUUAUGUCGACGUCGUCUAGUAUAAAUGAAGAUGUCAAUCCAGGCACAGUCCUGACAAUGAUGAACGUCCAGGAUCGAGAUUCUAAUGAAAACGGUAAAGUUAAUUGUGUUUUAAAUGAAAAUAUAAAUUUUGCAAUAAAGUCAACAUCAAAUAACUUCUUUACUUUAGUAACGGACAGUGACUUAGACAGAGAGAGAGCCUCUCAGUAUAACAUCACAGUUACCUGCUCUGAUGAGGGAGUGCCCUCCCUCUCCAGCAGCGUCACUCUCACCUUACAGAUCUCUGAUGUGAAUGACAACGCGCCUGUCUUUGAGAGGAGCUCAUAUGAGGCCUACAUUGUAGAAAACAACACACCAGGCCUCUCUGUAUUCACAGUGAAAGCCAGAGACGCUGACUGGAACCAGAAUGCCCGUGUUUCUUACAUCCUGGAGGACUCCUCUGUGAACGGAGUGGCAGUCUCCUCAUAUGUGUCCGUUAGUGCUGAUAGUGGAGUCAUUCAUGCAGUGCGCUCUUUUGACUACGAGCAGAUCAAAGACUUCCAGUUUCGCGUAAAGGCGCAGGAUGGGGGCUCCCCUCCCCUCAGUAGCAACGUGACAGUGAAAAUGGUGAUCCAGGACCAGAACGACAACCCCCCUCAGGUCCUGUAUCCAGUCCAGACUGGAGGCUCAGUGGUGGCUGAGAUGGUUCCUCGUGCAGCAGAUGUGGGCUAUCUGGUGACUAAAGUGGUGGCUGUUGAUGUGGACUCUGGACAGAAUGCCUGGCUGUCGUAUAAACUGCAGAAAGCCACAGACAGGGCGCUGUUUGAAGUGGGCUUACAGAAUGGAGAAAUCAGAACUAUCCGCCAAGUGAGUGAUAAAGAUGCUGUGAAACAAAGACUGACUGUUAUAGUGGAGGACAACGGGCAGCCUUCUCGUUCAGCUACAGUCAUUGUGAACGUGGCGGUGGCGGACAGCUUCCCUGAAGUGCUGUCAGAGUUCACUGACUUUACCCACGACAAGGAGUACAAUGAUAACCUGACCUUUUAUUUAGUGCUUGCUUUGGCUGUAGUGUCCUUUCUCUUCAUCACGUGUUUGGUGGUUAUUAUCUCAGUGAAAAUCUACAGAUGGAGACAGUCUCGCGUCAUGUAUCACUCCAAUCUGCCUGUGAUUCCAUAUUAUCCACCACGGUACUCAGACACUAUGGCCACAGGGACUCUACCGCACGUGUACAAUUACGAAGUGUGCAGGACGACUGACUCCAGAAAGAGUGACUGUAAGUUCGGCAUAGCUGGUAGUCAGAACGUGCUGAUCAUGGACCCCAGCUCUACAGGAACCAUGCAGCGGAUACAGAGUGAAAAGAGCAUCCUGGAUGAACCAGACUCUCCUCUGGAGGUUGGUCUUAGUUCUGCCUUUUAGUCAUAUACAUUCUUCAUCUAAUGUUGAUUGUCUUUAUUCGAUGGUUUAUAUGAAUCUUUUGAAUAGCUUCCACCGACAACUCAUGUUUUAGCUUUGAGUGUAUAUCUGAAAUAAUUUUGAAUAUG